GCAGCCGUUGGUCCCUCCCCUUUUUCUCAGGCGCCGACAUCAUUGAAGCAGGAGCGGGCUCUCCGCGCGGCAGUCGGCUUUCGUCAGCGGGAACAGCGGAAGUCCCACAAUGUAUGCCAGAUACUUUAUUUAAUUACUGAAUACACUUCUUACUGGUCUCAGGUAGGUGGUGCUAGACCACCUGCUGUAUGGAAUCUUCUAUAAAAUGGGAGAAGAGGAAGGACUGCAUCAAGCACCAUUAUUGGACACAAUGUUUGUACGUGGACUGAAGAGGAAAUGCAUUGAAGGUGAAGAUGAUAUUGAAGGAACUUUUACUGGCUUUAAAGCUAUUCCUUCGUAUAACCUUCAGCGCCAGUCACUGCUAGACAUGUCAUUGGUAAAACUUCAGCUCUGCCACAUGCUUGUUGAACCUAAUCUGUAUCGUUCAGUGCUUAUAGCCAAUACAGUACGGCAGAUCCAAGAAGAAAUGACUCAAGAUGGAAGCUGGCAGAUGAUAAGUCCUCAGAGUACAGGACCAGCCUCUCUGGACCGUCUUGUUUCAACAGAUAUUCUCUGCCGUUCUUCCAAAGAGCAAACUGAAGAAAAGCUUGCUCAAGAAUAUAGUGGUUUCUCUAAGAAUUUUGAGGACACACAGUCACAAGAGAAUGUAGACAUCUUAAGGCCUGCUGUACUACAAGCAUCCAGAAGCUUGCAGGGAAACGUGUGGGAGAUGGAUAGCAUUCCAGAAAAUAGAGUAAACUUCCAUAAAUCGUCAUUAGAUCAAAUAUUUGAAACCUUAGAAACUAAAACUUCUGACGCUGUUGAAGAUCUUUUUUCAGAAGUUGACAGUUCUUAUUACAAUCUUGAUACUGUAUUAACAGGAAUGAUGGGCAAUACAAAAAUGGGACACUGUGAUGUUCUUGAAACCUUUCCUCAAGGAGCCACAAAUUCUAAUUCUAACUGUAAGUCUGAUCUUAAUGAGCUUGAUCAUUUUGUAGAGAUUCUGGUUGAAUCUUGAAACUAAGAAAAAUCCCUUGAAGAAGCUAGGUUGUAAACAAUAAAACUUGAGAUAUUUUGUUCUCUUAAAUCUGGAUGUGAUCUUCCCUUACCGACUUGCCCCCAAUUCACAUCAUUUUGCAAAAUUGAGUUAAUUUAUAAAAUUAACCCAUAAUUUGUAGUGUUCAGUCUUGUUAAGUAUAUAUUUUAGUGGCCACAGUUCAGAGAUAAUCAAAAGCAUACAUUUAAAUUGUCAAGAGCCCAAACUUUAAAAAUCAAUUUAAAUCUACUACAACCCAUUCUAUAUUGCAAAUUACUUUGGAAACUCCCUAAUUUUCAGCAGUACACUGGCAUGUCAAAAGAUCUCUAGGUGUAAUCAUGUACUCUCUAUUUUGACCAUGCAUUUUUCUAUUUUUGGGGCCUAACUUAUCAGGAGGCCCUUCUAAUAUUAAGGGACAAAUUAGUAUAUCAGGAUUCUUCUUUCUUGCCUAUCUCAUAACUGUAGGGUGCAAUUGUUAAAGACACUCCAGUCCUUAAAAUACCACAAAUGAAAUCAAAUCCCAUAAUGUCUAGUUUAGGCGUGAUUCCUGCAGCCUACCAGAACCUUUGAGAUUAUACCACUGAAAUUCAGAAGCAAAGUGGUCAACUUGAGUACAUUAUUUCCCAGAAGUAUUUUCUUAACCACCCCAGAGGAACUGAAAAUUUCAGUGCAUCGCUUCUAGUGAUAUCACCUUACUCAAGGGACUAAGUUGCAGCCUAGCCCAACAAAAAUUAUUCAUUAAGAAUAAUUUCAAUUUAAUUCAAAUUAAGAAACUUGCUGUUUUGUUUUAUGGAAUUAAUUUGGUAUAAAGACAAAAUGCUUCAUUUUUCCCUCCUUAGUUUCACACAAAUACUAUAUUCUGUAAGAUUAUUUACCACAUGAGCUCUUGAAAAAUUGUAAAGCAGCUAUUUCUCAUUUUCCUAGUCUUGUUUCUUUUUAAAAUUAUAGGUUUUUUUUAAAAAAAAGUAUCAGUGUUCAGAAUAUUAUAGCUAUUUUCUGAAGAUAUAUUUUUGCUAUGAAUUCUGUCUCAAAACUGCUUAUUUAAUAUCUUGAAAUAUUUGCAGUUGUAUUUUUUAAUUGUUUUGAAAAAAGGGACUUUUCUCCCUUAUAACUGACUUUCCCUGCAUAGUGCAGUACAGUAGAAGUAUGUGUAAUUGUUAACUACAAGCUGAGCUAUUAUCAGCAUUCAGCCUUGAAGUAGAGUAUUAGAGAUCAAGUUAUUCUUGAAACCUAAACAUCUGAGGAAGAGCUUCCAAUAGGCUUCAGGAACUCUUGAUGCAUUUAAACUUCAGUUCAAGCCAUGUUUUUGUUAUCUUCAAGCAUAAAUUAUAUGGGUUUUAUUUAUAAAUAUUUAUAUAGCUAUGCCAUCAAACAAAUUAUUGGCUGAAGUUUACCAUUUACUUUUAUAUUUAGGGGAAAGCACCCCUUUAUUGCACUAAUUACUAACCAACUGUUACAGAGGCCUUUGAGUUCUCCAAACUUAAAUUGUUCUAUUUGCCAGUCUGUAAAUGUGCAUUCCUGUGAGUCCUUAUAAACAUAUUAUCUCAGCAAAUUAUUUAAAAGAAACAUGCAUUCACAUGCAUGUAAUUAUCUACUAAAAAUCCUAGUGCAUACCAUUUAUAAUAAAUUGCUGAAUUUUUUUCCUUGUUAACUGGCGAUAUAGGUAAAACAAUUGCAAGAUGAGAAAAAAAAAGUACUAAAUAAUUAUUUUGAGAAAGAAACAUUUGCUUCAAUAUCAAUAUAUUACCAUCACAGGCAAUUUUAGCUAAUUUGCAUUUGUUCCCUGUGAUUAAAAUUGGAUUGGUUGCUUGUUUAAAAUAAAUUCUUUGAAAAUGGUUUCUCUGGUGAUGCCUAGAUCAAAUAUAGAUUUCAAAAUAUUGGACACAUUUUCUCCCAGCAUGUCAUAGAUGCAGUAUAUCUUUGUGUAAAGGAAGUUAACCCUAACUCUUUAAACCAGUAAGGUUCAUUAUGCACAAUUAAAGCAACUGCUCUAUGCAUAAAGAUCCAUGUCUUCUGUGUACAUCAUUAAAUGUCUUUGUCUUGGUUUAUAUAUUAGAACUUAAGACCAUUUUGCAUGAUUAUCCCUUCCUGAGAUUUAAUGGGGCAGCUUAUAAGAAAGUAGCUUCAUGACUGUGGCCUUAAUAAUUUAAGUGCUUUUGAAACAGCUAAUUUGAAAAUAGCACUGUAUGUUUUUUAAUCUUGGCAAGUACUGUCUAAUUUUGUAAUUCAGUUUUGUGCCAGACCACACAAUUUGUAAGGAGAUCUUUCUUAAACAUUUGGAAGUGACUAAUAUCUUUUUAUAUUAAAGUUGAAUAUGAAAUGAC